GCUGGAUAAGUACGUGGAAUUAUCUUUGGGCUACGAUAAAAGAUAAAACUUGAGAGAAUAAAAAAUUGGUCGAUGCGGAGUCAGUAUAGGCAAGCGGUGAUCCGUCUUGGGUAGCCACGGCACCGUGGGUAGGGAUUAUAGUCGCGCACGCCGUGCUUGCCAAAAGACCACAAUUUUAACUUACGUCGCGACUUACGCGACGAGUGGUGUUCGGUUCCUGUAAAUUCAUCGAAAGGCUAGCGACAAAAAAUUGAUUCCGUUCACAGUGGUUAAAGUGUAAUCGAAGUUGCGUUAAAGUCUCCGAUUCUCAUGUUUUUAAGUGCAAUAAAUACCCAGACGUAUCGAUCAAGUGAUUUCCAUAAUCUUCGAAGUGAAACAGUAAUAUACGAUGCAUCGAUUUUUAUUGUUUUGGGCAAUUGCUGGUUUAGCAUUCGCCUAUCAAGAACUUUCACCGCUGAUCGAAUGCCUGAUGACCAGUUUUAACGAAACUUACCAGAACGCUUGUAACAAAUACGUAAAUGAAAUCGAUCUUUAUCUACAAGUGGACAGAGAUACCAUAGCCGAUCCAAGUCUUCAUUGCACUGGCAACGACGUGAUGAUGAUAAAAUUCAAUCCUGGCAUGUACAUUAUCGAGCAGAGGAUGCACGAACAUAAUUGGACCUCUGUAAAAGCGACCAAAGGCAGUUUAGCAACAUUUACUAAUUUAUCCUCGAGUACCGAUUACCAAUUUCGGUUCUACGAAAUAUCGGAGGAUGGAGUUUCAAAUCCCCAAACAUCGGACAUUUUCUCAACGUACAAAACUGAUUAUGUACCGCUGGCUGUGAAAAAUAUAUCAUUGCUGAAUCUAGAGCCCGACGAGUGUAAUCUACACGCAGAAUUUUCUUUCGAACCAGCGGAAGAUCGCAGUUGCAGAUACGACGUGGUAAUCUGGCGUGGAGAACACGAUUUGGAGGACUUCGUAAUGGAGAAUAAGCCAGAGUUUCGCUUCAAAGUAGGAAACCUGAUGUUCAAUCGAAACAGCUCCGUAACCAUUGUUUCGGUUAACAAUCGUAAAAGUGACACAGGACGCAGUUUAGAUAAGUCGAAGUACAUAGUCACAGAACCUUGUUUAACGUACUAUCCAAAUAAUUUAACCAUCUGCGCUCCAGAAAUGGUGAAAGGGUUGCAAGCCACGCAUAUUUAUCGAUACGGAGAUUUUUAUGAUCUUAAUGUCAGUUGGGAUAAACCUGAACUGGAGCCAGAUAAUUACACUGUACAAGUCGAGGUGGGAGAUGAACAAGAAUAUUACCUUCGUGUCGUACCCGGCAAUACUACAUCAGUUACCUUCUCAAACGUAAAGUUGAAACCCGCGUAUGUGGUGGACAUCAUCGCUGACUCUUAUGGAGGAUCAAGCUACCCGACAGGGAUCGCCAAACGUCUCGACGAUAAACACGCAACCAUAAACAUAUUCUGUCGCGUACUCGUCGGAGUAGCUGUAUCGAUUGCAAUUGUGAUUCUAAUUGGCACGGUUUCUUUCCAAUACUACGAGCAAAGAAACAAACGUUUUUCGACGGAAUGCACUCGUUUCGAGGGUCUCAGCCCGAAGGAUACGCCCCUAGAAAAUGCAACGAAAUUGCUGUGCAAAGAUUUUGAGAAUGACGUUAACAAUACUUCGUUCGUACACGAUAGAUUCGAACUGUCGCCAAAAAUGUUGACACUCGACAGUGUUAUUGGUAGCGGAGCGUACGGAAUCGUAAGGCUGGGCUCGUUGCGUGAUAAAUUCGGCAAUGCUACAGACGUGGCGAUCAAAAUGCUCAAAGAGAAUCCAAGCAUGGACGAUGUACAAAGUUUUCAUAAAGAAAUAUUGAUGAUGCAAUGCACCGGUCAACAUCAAAAUAUAGUGUCGUUGAUCGGUUGGUGUGUUUUGUACAAUCGAAUGGUACUGGUGGUGGAGUAUUGUUGCAAAGGGGAUUUACAGACCUACUUGAGAACGAUAUGGCAAAGUAUAAUGAGCGCUGCCUUUAAUCAGAGAGAAAGGUUCAAAAAUCACGAAGGUCCAUUCUCUAACGAAUUGGAUUCUUUAAAUCGAUCUGGUGGAAACGACGGAAAUUAUCAAAACAUUUGUGAAAUUUCGAACCGUUUGUAUGAUAUUCAACAAGACAUAGGACAAUGUACGGAAACGGUUACGGUAAAUGAUUUGCUAAAUUUUGCAAGACAAAUUGCCACAGGAAUGGAAUUUCUGUCUUCGAAUCGAAUAAUACAUCGUGAUUUGGCAGCGCGCAACGUAUUAAUAUGCGAGGGUGGAAUCGCAAAAAUUUCAGACUUCGGCCUUAGCCGCGACAUUUAUCAAGAGAACUUGUAUAAAAAGAAGGGAAAUGACAAGUUGCCUGUGAAGUGGAUGGCAAUCGAAGCCUUGACACAUCAACUUUACACAACACAGAGCGACGUAUGGUCUUUCGGUAUUUUACUGUGGGAAAUUGUUACCAUGGGGGCUGUCCCAUAUCCAGGAAUUCCUACUGAUACCAUUUUGAAACUUCUGAAGUCUGGUUACAGGAUGGAACGACCGCUGAGCUGUGGAAUCGAAUUGUAUAGUAUUAUGCUUUCUUGCUGGAAUUCACGACCUCAGAGUAGACCCACGUUUACGGAAUUAAAAGAAAGUAUAGACAAAUUGCUAUCCUCUUAUGCAGAUAGCAAAUACAUGAUCCUGAGUGAAGUUUCACGGGAUCAAGACCCGGCUCGUGUACUUAUGGCAUAAGAGUAAUCAAUAGCUGCAAUCGAGCGAAACAGUCAACGUUCAAAUAAUAUCCAAUGCAUAAUUCGUCUAGUCUAAUUACUGAAAUAAUUUAUGCGCGAAUUUGGUUUUCAAAGUAUUUUACAUCAAACGUGAGAAAGAAAUUACAAAUAAUAAAGAGCCUUUAUUUUAAACUUUUAUAAAACUUUUAUCCCGUCAAACUAUAAUUUUCAUUAUGAAAUUCCACUUUGACGGCUUGCACUCCUUAAUUAAAGAAUCGCAACAAAAGGUACAAAAGCAAGGAACAGGUGGAACGUUACAUACCAUGUGCAAAAUCGUUUAUUUUCUAAUUGUACGUACAAUAAUCUGUGGUAUAACUUCUUUUCAUAUACAUAUGUGUGUAUAUACAAUAUCUUACUCUCGACCUUAAGAACUCAGGCGUAAAUACAUAAAAAUAACUAAGGCUGUACCAUAUUUGUUCAUGGUUACUCGACUGACAGUAACAAUAUUACACACAGCACAUCGAUACCAUGCCAACCAUUUUCGUUUCUACCUCUCACUUACUCGACGAUCGAUCAUUUCGUAUUAACCGAUUAAACGCUCAGCAUUCUUUUGUUUUUGUUCGCUAAAGUAAUUCGAUCGACGAAUCGAGCGAACGGAAAUCAUGUUCACGCGAAAUUCCUGUGCGAUCUACGUUUUGGAAAUUGAGGGGCUCUAUGAGGAACUCGGUUUGUCCGUUUUCUUAUCAGAAUUGUAAAUAUAGAAAUUUAUAUACGGUACACGGUGCUAUUACGAAAGGAACUGUCGUCGUUUCUUCCUUCGAUGCGCUCGGGAUCGCUCGACUCCUCGAUCAGGAGUAGCAAAAGUCUAUUCGAAAUUGAUGGAUGGCAAGUGAAGAGCAUCGCAAAACGCGUGUUUUGUAAUCUAAGCUCUACGUAUGUUCGACAUCGCUAAAUCAAUCGCUCCGUUAAAAUACUAAAAAUUGAUAUGAAAAGAGGAACUCUCUCUAACCCAUGGAGCCUAAUUCAUUUGAUAGAUCCUCGUUCAGUAUCACCGAUUAGCUUUGUCACUUACCACGGUUUUUAAGCGUCGAUGAAAUAUUUAACAAAAUAUACUUAUCAAUACAUAAACAUUUUAAGAAAACAACAAAAAAUGUGAUAGAAAACGUACGCUGCAUGGAAUUAAAGACUGAACAUCACGUUUAUAAAGUAUACAUUCGAUUUUUUUCAGUUACUGUUACAUUCAACUAAUAUUAUUUUUUUUUUUUUUUUUUAUACAAUCCACUAAUUCGUUAGCAGGCAUUCAAUAUGCACUCGUUAUUUCUAAGCGCUUUCCUUAGAAAAUUCGUUGAAAAAAUGACGAGCAUGAAAUGUGACUGAAAAAGUAACGGCGAACCGACUUUACGCUAUACAAUUUUUGUAUCUUUCAUUUGCGUCAAAGAACAAUGUGUGUUCAUUUUUUGUUGUUAUUGUUUUUAUUGUUAUUG